GCGUGUGUGUGCGUGUGUGUGGACUUUACUCCCCCUGCCGAGGGGACUUUUGAGGGUGUGGUAAAAGAGGAGAUAUAAAGCAGGAGUGAGGCUGAGGAGGAGCACACCUGAGGAUGAAGAUGAAGACCUGCAACAACUUACCUGUGCUGCUUGCAGUUCUGCUGGCUGUGGUGUGUGUGUGUGAGGGUGUGACCUUCGGUCAGCUCUGCCAGGGGAACUCCGGGAACACGGUGAGGUCGUCAGACAGCUGGGGCCAGGGUCACUACGGGGCCCCCCGCGGGUCCAGGACACACCAAGGUCUGGACAUCACUUGUGCGGACGGCUCGGUGGUCUACGCCCCUUUUGACCUCACCCUCAGCGGCGAGCUCACCGUCUACACCGACGUCACCAAGGCGGCCAUUAACAGCGGCAUCAACCUGCGGGGGGAAGGUCUGUGCGUCAAGCUCUUCUACGUGGACCCUGACCAGACGUCUGGAACCGUGAGCAAGGGCCAGCGUAUCGGCGUCAUGAUGCCCAUGCAGAGCGUCUACCCGGGCAUCACCUCACACGUGCACGUGCAGCUGUGCGAUAAGAGCGACCCCACGCCCUACUUCUAAACUACUUUUCAUGUUGACCGCCUCAAACGUUCACUGAGCCUCCAUCAACACUUUAUUGACAAAUAGUGGCAAUAAUCUGACACAUAAAAUAUGUUGCAAUUAGUCCAGCUAACACGUGUCAUUAAUAAAGAGGUCAACUUG